AUGUCGGUUCACAACCCAAUAUACCUUGGCUCUGGUGACCGGGGCUCCAAGAGAUGUCCACCCGGAAAUAUUGAAAAAUGGCCACCGCCGGAGAACAAGGAGCCUUCGCCGCCUGGUCUUUGGGGUCAUGAAUACGUUCAUUGUCUCUUCAUGGUCAGGGUGGCGCAAGGGCUGGUGCAUAUGGGCAAGGGCACGAUCGGCAUUAACCCCUUCUUUCGAGACCGACAGAUCAUGUCGCAAACGGCUGUUGCUGGACUUCUGGCAACUCUUGUGGCCUUCACCGACGCGAAAGCUUUCAUUCUUGACAAGUCACACUGGAUGCUGUACUUCCUUGUCACUGCGAUGUUCCCGAGGUUCCUGAUUACUCUUGAUGAGGACUUGCAAUCCAUUCCGGUGACUGCUCGAGUCGGCUAGGUUAGUUUCACCAUAGGCUGUUGAUGUCGUGAGUCAGGUGGGU